CGGAGCUGGAGGAGGCCCGGCGCUUCUCCGAGGGCCAGGGCCGGCCGCUGCGGCUGCUGCGGGCCGCCUACCAGUGCGUGGCGGCGCACUCGGAGCUGCUGUGCUACUUCGUCAUCAUCCUGAACCACAUGGUCACCGCCUCGGCCGUCUCGCUGGUGCUGCCCGUGCUGGUCUUCCUCUGGGCCAUGCUGUCCAUCCCGCGGCCCAGCAAGCGCUUCUGGAUGACGGCGAUCGUCUUCACCGAGGUCGCCGUGGUCACCAAGUACCUGUUCCAGUUCGGCUUCUUCCCCUGGAACAGCCAGGCGGUGCUGCGGCGCUACGAGAACAAGCCCUACUUCCCGCCGCGCAUCCUGGGCCUGGAGAAGGCCGACGGCUACAUCAAGUACGACCUGCUGCAGCUCAUGGCGCUCUUCUUCCACCGGAUGGGCGGCCUCAUCAUCCUGUUCCUGGUGGCCAUCAUCUGGUUCCCGCUGCUCUUCAUGUCCCUGGUGCGCUCCGUGGUGGGCGUGGUCAACCAGCCCAUCGACGUCACCGUCACCCUCAAGCUGGGCGGCUACGAGCCGCUGUUCACCAUGAGCGCCCAGCAGCCGUCCAUCCAGCCCUUCACGCAGGCGGCCUACGACGAGCUGUCGCGGCACUUCGACCCCAACCCGCUGGCCAUGCAGUUCAUCAGCCAGUACGGCCCCGAGGACAUCGUCACGGCGCACAUCGAGGGCAGCUCCGGCGCGCUGUGGCGCAUCAGCCCGCCCAGCCGGGCGCAGAUGAAGCGCGAGCUGUACAACGGCACCGCCGGCAUCACCCUGCGCUUCACCUGGAACUUCCAGAGGUGCGUCGGGCGGGGCGCGGCG